AUGGCUCUACGAGACCUGCGGCACGGCUGCUUUCCAAGCACCGGAGGUCUUGGAGCGAAGCUACGGCGAGAAGUGCGAUGUCUGGUGGGCGGGUCUUUUGGCAUCAUGGUCCUGAUGCAACUGCAGGGCUCCGACGCCGCCCUCGCGCGCGCGGCCUCUUUCGGGUCAGCGCGAUUCGAGCAGUUGGAGAUGCACAUGGACGCGAUGUCCCGGGAGCUGGAAGGCAACCAAGCCUUCCGGUUGGCCCAACGACUCCUUUGCCGAGAUCCGGCAAAGCGGCCUGACGCACAGGCUGCUUUAAAGACCUCCUGGCUUCGGCCACCAAGUGUGCAAGCGCAGGAGGCGGCCCCAAACAGCCUGACGCGAAAGGACAGCAGUUCUCUGCGCCGAAGCCUCUCAGCCUACACGAAGCUCUCGCACUUCGACAAGGUCGUUCUGCUGAUGGCGUCAAACGUGUCGGCUCAGCGCAGCGACUUCUGCCGCAAGACGUCGAAGAUAUUUAUGUCCACAGACACCGACUCAAGCGGCUUCCUCAACCAAGAGGAGCUCCGACGUGCCCUAGCGGCCUGCGGGCUAAAGGCGGAUGAUGCCGAAGCAGAAGAACUCUGGCGCGCGCUGGACGCCAGCGAGGACGGGCGCGUCACUCACAGCGAGUGGGUGAGCGCCACAUUGGCUCCCGGCGCGCUCAAGUCGGCCAAGGUUGCCCAGGAGCUCUUUGCCUGGCUGGACACGGAUGGCAGCGGUUCAGUGAGCCUGCAGGAGCUGAGGCGGCUGGUGUCGGAGGAAGAUGCCUUGGAGGUCCUGGAUUCUGCCGACACCUCCCGGGACGGCCUGCUUAGCUUCGAGGAGUUCACCUACCUCAUCCGUUCCAUCGCCAGCCGCCGCUACGGCGAGGGGCUGGCGUCCAGUAGCGACAGUGAGGACGAGGCAGCGGACUGA